CUUUCUUCCACCAUCGAAAUGAGACGCGUUUUAGCUUUGCUGUUGUUAGUUCCAUUCUUUGGAAACCCCGUUACCGCAGAUCUCGGGCUCAAUGUUACAGUUCCUGGUCUGGUCAGCGGAAUGACCAAUGCUGUAGGUCAGGGUGUGAUCGCCUUAAUCAAAGCAAACGGAACAAUCAAGAACAAUGCGGAACUCGAUCCAUCCGGAGGACUCACGACAUUGGUUCUGGUAGUGAAUAACGUGACAAGUCCGUUAAACAAAUUGCUCGGAACGGCAUUAUCAGUUUCUUCUAGUAAAACACCGAAUGAUCAGCGAAUGUUCGCUAGUAUUUCAUCGUUGACUAGUGACACGGAAACGGCAGUCGGUAAAGCAUUGAUAGCAGCACAAGAUCUCCAGCGGAGCAUACGUCCUUUGCAGUUUGACGAAAUUCAGGAGAAUAUCUCUAUGAUUAUUUCUAACCUACCAAUACUCCAGGAUGCGUUUACAGUACUCAGUACAACGGUUUCAUUGGCGCAGAAUUCAGAAUUCACUAAUUCGACCCGGAUAGUAAACGAUUUCUUCCCCGAGUCUAUAGUAAACACGGUAAUAAACCCAGUGCGUGCCAUAACUGAUAGUGUGAAUCGACUUGCAAAACUUGUUACCGCUGUUGCCAAGGACAAAAUGGUGGCGCUGAAUGUUCAAACCGGCGUUAAUACCACGCUCAACAAUAACUACAAAAUAAUUCGAUCGGCAAUUACAGCUUUUAACAGGACCUCAAGCGAUGUAAACUCAACUACUGUCAAAUAUGGUUACAGCAUUGGUUCUGCGAUUGACCAGUUGUAUAACUCCAUCACUUCGCGACCCCAAAACUACAACGGGGGUGACAUCAGUAAUUUGAACACCUUUCUGUCAGAUGUCAAAUCUUAUCUAAAUUAUUCCAACGACAACAUCACGGAAGCUCUUUCCCAACUUCAGCAGAAUGUUACAACCAUGGUGAACUUAAAAACCAACCAAACUGCCCAGCUGCUCUUGGAUACCGCACAAAACCUUUCCAUACAAGCCUACACUAGUGGCAGUGACUACGCAGAUCGAUGCAUCGGCAAGUAUUCUGGACAGCUGAACCAAAAUCCGCUGCUCGUGAAUCGUGUGGCGUCCGCUUGUUUACAAUCGGAAAAUGAUAACUUUGGUGCCAUCACCAGGAUGCACAGAAUGUUACUAGAUCAAACCAAAACACUGGCCGGCUCCGGCACGGCAACCAUUUUAUCCCGCCAAUGUAGCCAAGGAUUAUCAAGCUGUAUGGAGACGCACUUCACCUCAUUUCAAGAUCUCUCCCAACGGGUUAGCGAGAAACUACAACUCAGCAACCAGCUGAUUGAGCAAGAAAUACAAGCGAUUCAAAGUCGUAUCGAAACUUGCACGACAGCUGUUGCGGGUGACAUCGCAGACAACACCGUCCAGGUUCAGACUAAGUUUACAAAUUGCCUCACCAGUGGAUCAUAAAUAGAUACCUAUUUAUAUGCGAAUAUUAGAAAAAUAAAUUAUUUUUGAAAAAGUUAAA